UGUUUUGAGACCAUCAUGACAAGGGACAUGUGUUCCUUAUCAACACAAUUUCUGGUGGCUCUGUUUCUGAUAAUGUUAUUCUGCAGAACUUGCAAGGCAUCAGAUGGUGGACACCAGAACUGUUCUCAUUUGUGUGGACAUCUUAAUGUUAGCAGCCCUUUUCGGCUAAACGACUCUCCAGAGCAGUGUGGUUACCUCCGGUUUAACCUAUCUUGCGAGCACAACCAACUGGUGAUGUACUGGCAGUCUGGGAGAUACAGUAUUUCGUCCAUUGAUUAUGAGAACCGCACAAUUAGAGUGAGGGAUGCUAAUAUUGUGGAGUUGGAUUCCUCCUCCCCACCUGAGUAUUCUUUAACAUACUACAACUUCAGCAAUGAAAAUGAAGUUGUGACACGGUUUAGACGGUACGACGGCAAUAUGAUGAUGAUGUUCGUGAAGUGUGAACACCCUCUGCAUUCCCCUGGGUUUGUGGACACAGCCCCUUGCUUCAACACUUCAAAGGGGGCUGCAGCUUCUUCGUCUUCGUAUUCGUAUGUACAUGUGAAUGUUGGCUAUGGAACUCUCGGUGGUUUGGGAUUAGACGAUGGUUGUGGUAUAGAACUGAUAUAUAUGACGUCGUGUCCUACUGCGCAGAGCAACCAGUCUUGGUCCUGCAUAGACAUCCACAAUAUGCUUCUUUACGGCUUUGACCUUUAUUGGCCCUAUCUUUAUUGGCACUAUCUAUUUGCAGCAGAAAGAAAUACCAUUCUUCAAAAGAUCCUCCAGCUUAUCGAGGACAUUUGGUCAUACCUCUACGCUAUGAUAACGUUCGACUACUUGGCGUGGAGGUUCACUCUAUCAUUGCCAGCUCUUUAUACGGGGGCCAAAUUUGUGUUGGGGGCUCCAUUUUUCCUUGCCCUUCUGAUCUAUAAAUGGCGACAAAGGCAUUUAUCUAUGUAUGAAAGCAUUGAAGAUUUUCUGCAAAGCGACAACAACAUCAUCCCCAUAAGGUACUCCUAUGGAAAAAUCAAGAAGAUGACAAAAGGAUUUAAAGUAAGACUUGGGAAAGGAGGCUAUGGCUCUGUGUUCAAAGGACAACUUCGAAGUGGUCGUGAUGUGGCUGUCAAGAUGUUGGAUAAGGCUAAAGCCAAUGGGCAGGAUUUCAUCAACGAGGUUGCAACACUUGGUAGAAUCCACCAUGUAAAUGUGGUGCAACUCAUCGGUUAUUGUGUGCAGGGAUCAAAGCGUGCUCUUGUAUACGAGUUCAUGCAAAAUGGUUCUCUUGACAAAUACAUUCUCUCUAAACCUAAUGACAAUGAGCAAUCCUUGAAUCUUCAUCAAUUGUAUGCCAUUUCUCUAGGAGUAGCUCGUGGUAUUGAAUAUCUUCACAAAGGGUGUGAUAUGCAAAUUCUGCAUUUUGAUAUAAAGCCGCACAACAUCCUUCUUGAUGGCAACUUCAUCCCAAAGGUUUCUGAUUUUGGCCUGGCUAAACUUUACCCAACAAAUGAUAGCAUUGUGUCUCUUACGGCGGCAAGGGGAACUAUAGGAUACAUGGCUCCUGAACUGUUCUACCAAAAUGUAGGUGGAGUCUCCUAUAAGGCUGAUGUGUAUAGCUUUGGGAUGUUAUUAAUGGAGAUGGCUGGUAGAAGGAAGAAUCUGAAUGUGUUGGCUGAGCAAUCGAGUCAAUUUUAUUUUCCUUUUUGGGCUUAUGAUCAGUUAAAUGAAGGGAAUGAAAUUAGCAUAGCAGAUGCAACAGAGGAAGAAAUGAAAGUGGCAAGGAAAAUGCUGAUCGUUGGGUUGUGGUGCAUUCAAACCAAGCCUAGUGAUCGUCCUUCAAUGAACAGAGUUGUGGAGAUGCUUGAAGGAGAGGAGCACGAUUUAGAAUUGCCUCAAAAGCCUUAUCUAUAUCCAGAAGAGUUACCAGCGAGGGAUGAUAAUGCAAAUUCAAUACGGCGAUCCAACUCAUCAAGCAAUCAUCCUUCGAUGGAAAAGGCUCUUGAAGCAGAUAAGCAAGAGUCAGUAUUGCCUCAGCAGUCUUUUCUAUAUGCACAAGAUUCACCAACAAUUGAUGUUAGUGCUCAUUCACGUUCAACGCCUAAAUCCUCUGAUCCUUCAGUGAAUAAUCCUAAAGAGACAACCUCAUUUUUAGCUAAAGAUGAUGAGAGAUCAAUAUAGCAUUGUACAUAUGUAUGUUGAGUACUAAUGACCUUGAUACAUAUAUUUUUAUUACGAGAUACUCUUAAAUAUGAAUAAGAAGUGGGGGUUGUAUCGACCUGAGAAAUGGAUGCAUGUUAGGCUUCCAUUUCUUAUAUCAUGUGAUACAGUAAGGAAGAAGCAUUAUGUCUUUCUUGAUAGUUAUGUUUUUGAGGAAAUUGAUAAAAAUGUUUUACCUA